AUGAUCUCGAGGGACUUUGCUCGGAGUUCUAACCACAGCGGCAUCCGAGCCAGACGCCAAGGGCAGGGUAUCGCGCACCCGGAGCCCAGCCCCUGCCUGGACCCGCUUCUCCGGUUCCGGGUGCGUCCGCCCAGCUUCUGGGGGAAAGUCCUCCAAGAUUCACGCGGGGCGGGAAUUAGGCGGGGAAGGCCCGGGCGCUUUGAUCCCUUUGCAGCAACUUCUCAGUGCACGGCCACGGUGGGCUGGGUGUCAGCUUCGAGAAGGCGAAAGGACGGCGAGGGUGCUGCAGUCCUGGCAUGCACUGAAACUGCAACUCGGACAGAAACGACCCAACGGAGGAGCACGGCGCGCGGCGCGCUGCGCAGCAUCCUCGGGCUGCUGGAGGCGGUCGUUGCUCAGCUCGCAGCCGAGCGCCGCGGCCGGACCUCGGCCCCGGGACGCCGGCCCUGGGCGCGCUCGCCCGGAGAGACCCCCAGUCCUGCGCAUUUCGCCGCUGCGCUCGAGUGGGGAAUGCGAGCGCGGUGGCUCCAGGUCGCCGCGGAGCAGCUGCCUGGCGGAGAGCGAGGAGAGGCGAGGGGGCGGCAGCCUCGGCCCGAAAUCUGUUUUUCUUGUAUCCCACUGCUUUAUGGAAGAAAUACAUCUUCAAUUGCAUCUUGAUGAAACUACCAUGAGGAUGAUAUGAUUUUAC